GAGAGAGAGAGAGAGCAACAGAGAGGCUCUGGUUCGAGUUAGAAAGUUAGGGAAGAGAGAGGUUUGUGUGUAGGAGGUGGUCCGAUCUUUCCUUUUCGCGUUGAAUUUCUCACACAGCUCUUUUUUUCACAUAUUCAAAUAAACCAUACGAAUAAUACAUACUCAGAAAGGAAGAAAGAGAGAGAGAAAGAGACAAGUAGAGAGAGACUAGAGAGAGAAAACACCAUUUUUCAUAAGCUAUAGAGAGAGAAAUAGUUAACAGAGAGAUAAAAAUCAAUUCAAUCAGAUUCUCAAAAACAAUUACUCAGAUUCAAUCGUUCGCCCAAUUAAAUUUUGAUAGAGAGUAAAGGGGGAGGUAUGAGAGCGGGCCUGAACACUAUACAGCAGACGCUGACUCCGGAGGCGGCCGCCGUGCUCAACCAGUCCAUAGCGGAGGCGAGCCGCCGCAACCACGGCCAGACGACGCCGCUCCACGUGGCGGCGAUGCUGCUGGCGUCGCCGUCGGGGUUCCUGAGGCAGGCCUGCAUCCGGUCCCACCCCAACUCGAGCCACCCGCUCCAGUGCCGCGCGCUGGAGCUGUGCUUCAGCGUGGCCCUCGAACGGCUGCCGACGGCACAGAGCGCGGGGGACGCGGAGCCGCCGAUCUCCAACGCGCUCAUGGCGGCCCUGAAGAGGGCGCAGGCGCACCAGAGGCGGGGGUGCCCAGAACAGCAGCAGCAGCCGCUCCUCGCCGUGAAGGUCGAGCUUGAGCAGCUGGUAAUUUCGAUACUCGACGAUCCCGGCGUGAGCCGCGUGAUGAGGGAGGCCAGCUUCUCCAGCCCCGCCGUGAAGGCCACAAUCGAGCAAUCCCUAAAUAGCUCCAGCUCUCGCGCAAGUCAACGUCAGCACCACGUCGCCGGCGGGAGCGCGAAUUUCGUGGCGGGUUUCGGUGGAAUUGCUUCUAGAUUGCUUCCAAAUCCUGGUCAACCGCCAACUCCGGUGGCUCGACAGAUGUCUCCGGCGGUCCCAUGGCUGGCCAAUCAUAGCUUGUUCCUGAAUCAGCGUCUGCAGCAGCAGCAGCAAACACCCCCCGCCCAGAUUGAGAACCCUAGAGGCGCGGAAGUCAAAAAGGUGUUCGAUAUAAUGUCUAGGAGCAAAAAAAGAAACCCAGUUAUUGUGGGGGAUUCGGAGCCUGAGGCCGUGGCCAAGGAAUUGUUCAGAAAAAUGGAAAAUAAUGAACUCGGAAAUGAUCUGAACUUGAACAAUCUUCAGAUAAUAUCAAUAGAUAAAAGUCUUCUUUUGUCCGACAAGAAUCAAAUAGCCGCCAAGAUCGAUGAAUUUGAAAGGGCGAUUGAGAGUAAGAUUGGGAACGGAGGGGUGAUUCUUGAUCUGGGAGACUUGAGGUGGCUGGUGGAGCAGCCAGCGGCUGCGGGUUUCAGUGGGGCCCAGCAGCAGCAAAAGGCACCGGUUGUGUCCGAAUCGGGCCGGGCUCUGGUGGUGGAGAUGUCAAAGCUACUGGCCAGAUUUGGUGGAGCUGAUGGUCUGAAUGAGGGUAAGAACAAGCUCUGGUUGAUUGGGACAGCAACUUGCGAGACAUAUUUGAGAUGCCAGGUUUAUCAUCCCACCAUGGAGAGCGACUGGGAUUUGCAGGCUGUGCCUAUUACAUCGAGAUCUCCUAUUCCGGGAAUGUUUACGAGGGUUGGACCGGAGAGAACCAUGAGCAACUCCUUGGAUUCCCUGAAUCCAACGAACCCUAUCCGAAGUCCGUCACCUACUUUAGCAACGCGUUUAACCGAAAAUUCAGAUCCUGCUACAAAACAACCUGAUCCAAGUCCCUUACCUGGUUUGUCUAGGCGCUUAUCUGAAAAGUUGGAUCCUUCUCAAAUACAGCCUAAUCCAAGUCCCUUGCCUGGUUUAGCUAGGCUUGUUCCUGAAAAGUUAGAUCCUGCUCAAAGGCAACCUGCUCCGAGUCCAUUACCUGGUCUAGCAACGCUUAUUCCUGAAAAGUUGGAUGCUGCUCAAAGGCAACCUAUUCCGAGUCCGUUACCUGGUUUAGCGGCGCCUAUUCCUGGGAAUGCAGAUCCUGCUCAAAAACAGCCUAUGCCAAGUCCAUUACCUGGUUUGUCAAGGCUUUUACCUGAAAAUUCAAAUCCUGCUCAAAAACAGCCCAUGCCAAGUUUAUUACCUGGUUUGUCAAGGCUUAUACCUGAAAAUUCAAAUCCUGCUCAAAGACAUCCUACUCCGAGUCCGUUACCUGGUUUGGCAAAGCUUUUACCUGAAAAUUCAAAUCCUGCUCAAAGACAUCCUAUUCCGAGUCUAUUACCUGGUUUGGCAAAGCUUAUACCUGAAAAUUCGGAUCCUGCGCAAAAUCCCACCUUUUGCUCUCAGUGUUCAGUGAACUACGAAAAAGAUCUAGCGAAAGGAAAGGACCAAAGUCUGCUUUCCAAGCAGAAAACACAAGAGCUCCAGAAAAAAUGGAGGGACACUUGCAUGCAUCUCCAUCCCAAUUUUCAUCAAAAUACCCAUCCCGAAAACCCUGUCUGGCCAGCCGUGCCAUCUCUGGCAAGAAUCUACAAUCCAAACUCUCUCGCCCGUCCCCCUUUCCAGCCCAUGAAGCCCAACCUACGCAAACCUCUCGGGUCAACCCUGCAGCUGAACACUAGCCCUGUCACGACCCAACUCGUCCCUCCAGCAGCGCCCAAAAGCCCCGUUCAGACGGACCUCAUCCUGGGCACCAAUGGCCCGGAGAAACCCGCGGAGGAUCAUCCAGCCAAAGACCUGCUCAGCUGCAUCUCAUCCGAGCCCAUGUUUACAACAAACAAACCGCUCGAGAAAUUCGCCGACGAGCUGGAUGCCGGCACCUACAAGAAGCUCCUCAAGGGCCUUAUGGAGAACGCUUGGUGGCAGGCAGAAGCCGCCUCAGCUGCCGUUCACCGGAACCCCUUGUCGGUGAUCGUGCUCCGGGACAUCGACGAGGCGGACGUGCUCGCGCGUGCGAACAUAAAACGGGCCAUUGAGCGAGGGAGGCUAAUGGACUCGCACAGCCGUGAGGUCGGACUCGGAAACGCUGUUUUCAUCGUCACGGGGGACUGGUCGACGGUUAGCGCGGAGGCCUUACGAGACGGGCAGUUUGUGGACGAGCGGAAGCUGAAUUCGACAGCUGGCGGGAGCUGGCAGCUGGGGCUGAUAGUUCGGGAGAAGACCGCCAAGCGGAGGGCCAACUGGUCCAACGACGGGGGCCCGAGGACUCGGCCGAGGACUGAAAUGGGCGGGCUCUCGGUUGAUUUGAAUCUCUCGGCGGCGGCGUAUGAGGAAAAAUCCGUCGAGUCGAGUGAGGUGGACGGAAGGGACGAUGCGGAGCCCACGGACGGGGGUUUCUCGAUUGUGUCGCUGCCGCACGACCUGGCGAGCUCCGUGGACGACUCGAUCGUGUUCAGGCCGGUCGAGGCGGCAUUUGUGCGGCGUGAGAUCAAGAAAACGAUAGCGGUGAAGUUCUCGAUGGACGUGGAUGAAAACCUGGCGAUCGAGAUAGGGGAUGAUGUGGUGGACAAAAUACUUGGAGGAUUGUGGCACGACUCGACGAGCCUGGAGAAGUGGGUGGAGGGAGUGGUGGGCCCGAGUUUCGAAGAGCUUAAGCCACGUCUGCCGACAGGGGAUAGGAGCAAUUCAGUGGUUCGGCUGGUGGUCGAAUGUGGCCAUCCUCCUCCGUUGACCGUGCUUUUGGCUUUAAUAGCAUGGUUGAUAGCGGAAUGA